AUGGCACUCUUCGUUGAUUACUAUCAACUGACGAUGGGGCAAGCGGAUUUCAAUGCGGGGAAUAAUUCUGUUAUCACAGCGAACUACUACGUCCGUGAAAUUCCACAAGGGCAAUAUUUAAUUGCGGCUGGGUUGGAACAGGUCAUCCACUACAUCUUAAAUUUGCGUUUUACCGAUGCUACGCUCGACUGGUUGGCAGAACGUGGAGAUCUGAGUGCUGACUACCUCGCUUCGCUUAAAGAUUUCCGUUUCGACGGUUCCGUUUUUGCAGUUCCCGAAGGCACGCUUGUUUUUCCCAAUGAACCGAUUAUCAACGUCACGGGCAAAUCCCGAGAUGUCCAACUUUUUGAAACCUAUCUGCUCUGUGUCAUGAAUUUCCAGACGUUGAUUGCUACGAAAGCCUCACGUAUUGUGCAGGCGGCGCGCGGUAGACCUGUUUUUGACUUCGGGGCGCGACGCGCACACGGUAGGGAUGCUGGUAUCUUGGCUGCACGCGCAUCUUUUAUCGGUGGUGCAAGUGGCACGUCGUUGGUGCUUGCAGGGUGCUUAUUCGAUAUUCCCUACGUCGGCACGAUGGCACAUAAAUUCGUCUCUGAACGUCCUACCGAGUUAGCGGCUUUCCAAGAUUAUGCCGCGGCUUUUCCGAAUAACACGACGCUCCUGAUUGAUACAUACAAUACACUUGAAGGCGCGCGGAACGCAUGUAUCGUCGCAAAGGAGAUGGAGGCACGUGGUGCCCGAUUACGCUCAGUACGAUUGGACAGUGGUGACCUCUUGAUACUCAGCAAACAGGUGCGUCGUAUCCUUGACGCUGAGGGACUUGAUUACGUUCAGAUUAUCGCAAGCAAUGAACUUGAUGAAUUCCAGAUAGACACUUUGCUCGGAAGCGGUGCGCCGCUUGACAGUUUCGGUGUCGCACGCGACUCGCUACGCGAAGGGGCUCCGUCUGCACUCGGUGGUGUCUAUAAGUUGGUCGAGAGUGACGGCAGACCUGUCGGGAAACAGUCGCUUGAUGAGCCUUUCAAAGCCACGAUACCGGGCAAGAAACAGGUCUAUCGCCUAACCGAUACCGCUGGGAAUUAUGCUAAAGAUUGGGUAACACUUUGGGAUGAAGCGGUCUCCGAGGGGCAACCGCUUCUUGUUCCGGUCAUCGAAAAUGGGGAGUUGGUGUCCGAUUUUCCAAACCUGCAGGAUAUUCAGGCACGGACGAUCACGGAACUCAAAAAAUUGCCCGAUUCGCAUAAACGUCUAACGGAGGCAACACCUUAUGUUGUGGAAAUGCAUCCUUCGCUGUUAGCGCAUGUGGAAGGCACAUCCUAA